GUGCAGCGCAUGUUACUGUGCGUACUACUUUGUGCCUAUCGUUUAGGAGGAGAUAUGAGACCCCUCCUCAAUCACAAUGUAAAAAAUUACCCGCAGGAAGUGGCUGCCACACAGAAUAUUAACUAUGGCCGUGAUCCCACUGUAACGGUGCGUGUGAGUGACGUGACGAUUAUUCAAGGCAAAGCAGGGCAACACAUGCUUGACGCUUCGUCUGCAGCUGUUUCAUUGUAGUCCGGGAGUCUAGAGCGAGUCCACACACAAGCAUGCACAUGUGCUGAUCUACGGACAAGUGAAACAGUGGAAGCGAACAACACAUCACGGCACAACAGGAGCGCGUGCUGAGCAUUCUGUGUUCUGCGCCACAGAGCUACUACACGUCGGAACCGAUGAGGGCGGUAGAUACUCAAGUGAAGAUACCGCAUCCGCUUCCACAGAACUACUGCGCGCUUUUGGACAUGUACUGUGGAUGACUACCGCAUGAGUGUGAGUGCAGAUUUUAAACCCUUUCUUUUGUACCACCGAGCUACGCAGGGAUGAAGAACUGAAGAGAACAGGCAAUACUAAACGUGCAAGCAAAUUGAAGGUAUCGUGUGCUCUACCACAGAACGACUAGUGCGCGCUUUUGUAUGCUUUUGUACACUGUGGAUAUUACAAUACCACUCGAUUGGCGCGACAAAUUGUCCUUACUGAACAGUGGAUCUGAUGGGUACAAAUGCUGGGCAGAGGAGGAUGAACUUGCCGGACUUGUCUUAAAACUUUGUGGAACUAUUAUGACCGUCUCCUGCGUGUCUGUGUUGCAUUGACUGGUUUCUGUGAUUGGAUCAACUGGUUCUUGCGGACAAAUUGUUUGAAAUAUUUUUAUAUAUAUAAAUUCAGAAAUUGUGCGAGCUGCACAAAAACUGCAUUCUCUACAUACAUGUACGUGCAGUUAAAUGUUGUAGCAUGGUCAUCAAUCGCUUAACGGAACAAGUAACGAAGUUGGAAAAAUAUUUCUGAAACUGCAUCAGUACUACGAGAUAUACGUAAGACUAGGUUUUUAAUGUUGACGUUAGGCCAUUAAUGUAAACUUGGUGACUCUAUCUAUCAGUCAGUCGGUCGGCGACUCAAUCAGCCAGUGGACAGUACAUGUAGGUUGACCCGUUGGCGACAGAAAAUAACCCAACAAAUUUUCACCAUGAGGUUUCAUAUACGACGCAUGCUGCAGUACCUGGCCUUCAUCUUUCUACUGUUCUUUGUCGGUACCGUCCUCAUCAAGAGGGGCACCGAGGACAUUGAGUCGGACGGCGCCGGCGGCGGGAGGAGAAUUCAGGGAGGCGGGGCGGGGGAAGAGGGGGUGUUAAUAAGGAACAAGGACAACGCAGUACUGCCAAGAGUGCAGCUACCACAGUUUCAGGCACAACACAACCAAGCCCCGCCCCCUGUGGCUGCUGCAGGCGGCAACCAAUUCAGGAAUUUUGCUGUGGGAGAACAAGUACUAAGAAAGAAAGACUGGCACGACUACGCGAGGAUAGAAGCUGAAAAAUUAAGAACAGGUCCAGGCGAGCAUGGUGCCGGCGUUGUACUCACAGAGGAACUCAAGAGAACGGCAGGUGCAGACACCAAAGCCAACGGCUUCAACGAGCGAGUCAGCGACAUGAUCUCAUUAGACAGAUCCAUCAAAGACAUCCGAAACCCAAGGUGUAAAGAGAUUCAGUACUUGGAGAGGUUGCCCAACGCCAGCGUGGUCAUUCCGUUCCACAACGAGGCCAUGUCCACGCUCAAGCGCACCGUCCACAGCGUCUUCAACCAAUCGCCGCCCGAGCUCAUCCACGAGAUUAUCCUAGUGGACGACUUCAGCGAUCGGAAAUAUUUAAAAGAGCCCCUGGAGGAGUACAUGCGGCGAUUCCCCAAAGUCAAGGUUCUGCGCAUGCCACAGAGGGAGGGUCUAAUCCGGACCAGACUACAUGGCGGUCGCCAGGCCACUGGGGAGGUCUUGAUCUACCUGGACUCCCAUUGCGAGGCUAAUAUCAACUGGCUGCCGCCAUUAUUGGAGCGCAUCGCCUUGAACCGCAAGUGCAUCGCCUGUCCCAUGAUUGACGUCAUUGGCAAUGAGGACUUCCACUACGAGUCGCAGGCCGGGGACGUCAUGCGGGGGGCCUUCGACUGGGAGCUUUACUACAAACGCAUCCCCAUCAACGAGGCCGAGAUGAAACGCCGGCAGUUUGACACCGACCCCAUCAAGAGUCCCAUCAUGGCCGGCGGCCUCUUUGCCAUCGACCGCCGCUACUUCUUCGACGAGCUCGGGGGUUACGACGAGGGUCUGGAAGUGUGGGGUGGGGAGCAGUACGACCUGUCCUUCAAGGUGUGGAUGUGCGGUGGGGAGAUGGAGGAGGUUCCCUGCUCCAGGGUGGGGCACGUCUAUCGCAAGUUCAUGUCCUACACGGUGCCUGGGGGUGGGGGAGUCAUACACAAAAAUCUGAUGCGCGUGGUGGAGGUCUGGUUCGACGACUGGAAGAAACAUUUUUACAUGCACAAGCCCCAUCUGAAGGGUAUGAACUACGGCGACAUCAGCAAGCAACUAGCGUUGAAAGAACGGCUGCAUUGCAAAAACUUCACCUAUUUCAUGAACGUGAUUGCGCCGGAUAUACUGCAGUACUACCCGCCGGUGGAGCCCGACCCGGGCGCCACGGGAUUUGUGCAACAUGAGGAAAGUGGGCUGUGUUUGACGUACAUCCACGGACGGAAACUAGAGAUCAUUCUAGAGCCUUGCAAGCCAAGCAGGCAGAGGAAAGGAGGCAAUCAGUACUUUACGUUAACGUGGCACGACGACCUACGAUCCAGUGUGAACGAGAAGCAAUGCGUGGACUAUCCCAAUCGGGUCGAGGGAGGGGAGCCCAUCUUGUAUCCUUGCCACGGCGGGAGGGGCAACCAACUCUGGCUUUACAAUCCGACUUACAAACUCCUGUACCACCCUUCGUCCGAGCUGUGCCUUACCAUACUUCCCUCUGUCGCCAAGGGCUCCGAGGGCAAGGCCGUAGCCAUGGCGAAAUGCAGCAAGACAAACACUGCCCUCAGCUGGAAAUUUGAAAAGACUUUCAAAAAAGUUUUGACGCGGCUAAACCAGCAGUACCGCAUCACGUUUAAGUAGCAAGAUGCAUUUUUUUCCCCUUUUGUAGAACUGCAUUAACAGAUAGUUCAAACUCGGCACGAAUGCUAACUCGAAAAGUGAGUGUGAAUUUUUGAUGUCAAAUAUUUGCAAAUAGUUAUUUUUGACGUCAACUAUUUGAUGUCAAAUAUUUGGCAAAAUGCAGCACAUUAACAGGUGGUUCAAACUCAGCACAAAUGCAAACACGAAAAGUGAAUGUAAAUUUUUGAUGUCAAAUUUUUGCAAAUAAUUAUUUUUGACGUCAAAUAUUUGAUGUCAAAUAUUUGGCAAAAUGCAGCACAUUAACAGGUGGUUCAAACUCAGCACAAACGCAAACACGAAAAAUGAAUGUGAAUUUUUGAUGUCAAGUUUUUGUAAGGAAUUAUUUUUGACAUCAAAUUUUUGACGUCAAAAAUUUGGCAAAAAUUUGCACUGCGAUACACAAAAGUUGACAUCAAAUUGGUUUGGCAUUCACAUUUGCGUCAUGCAUGAACCUGGCCUUGAGGGGAUGUAUCGGCAAAAGUUGACAUUUGUGGACACUGGAGGGCGCUGUUCACCUAUUUUUCUGUCAUUAAGUUUCCAUCAAAUCGAAUGGUUGACGUUCUUGUUCUUAUAUUUAUGGAUACGGGAUGAGAUGUAUCUUUUGAAAUUAGCGAGAAUUGGAAGCUUUUUGUUACGAUUUUUAUUGUGAUUUUGAUUUUUGAUUUUUUAUUGUCUUUCGGAGUAGCCAAAUCAGCAUUUUGUUUGUUUCCUUUCAAGAAUAUACAUUGUAUCUAUUAUCAAUUUUGACUGUUAAAAAAAUCAAGGAGUCAUUCGUGGCUCCAGAUUUUUGCAAACGUCAAAACUUUUGGAUUGCUUAAUAGUUAUUUUUCACACGAUUGUUUUCAAUAUCUGUGCAUUUGAAUCUGUUUUGUUCCAAAAUUUGCACAAUGAAAUUGUCUUAAAUAACGCUCUAGCAUUAUUGAUACAAUAAGUUCCCAAAACAUAAAAUUAAUUGACACCUAUAAAACAAAAAACCUCCGCACAUCUCUUAAUAAAAAAUGAUAUUAAUUUUCUUAGUGCAAUGAAGGCAAUCAGAACAACUCUUUCAUCAGAAAAAAAUAAUACAAAAUAUUCAAUAAAAUACACUUAAAUUGUAAAAAAAAAAAUUGUGCAAAUCAGUAUUUUUAGCAUGUACAAACAACAAAGAUCUAUAUAUUUGAUGAACGAAUAAAUCAAGAAAUUUUACACCAAAAUUAUUCCUAUUUCAAGUUGUCACAUGCACACACAAAAAUUAAGAUUGAACUGAGAUCUAAAAUCCUUUAAAUUAUAUUUUAAAUACCAUUCAUAAAAAAAAAGUUUGCCCAUUCCUAUUGGUCGAGAGCAUGUCACAUGUGUGGUCUUAAACCGCCCUUUAAACACAUUUUUUGUCUCAAUGUAAGAAAUGCAAUCAGUACUAAUAGUAUGUAUUAAAAGUGAAUGAACAGAAUUUCAUGUAUAUAAUAACAUCUCUUCAUUGUAUUUAAAAAAAAAAAUCAUAUUUUUCUAGGGCGGGAAUUUUAAAAUCUGCACUUUAGUACUUCGAAGUCAGUGUUAGCUUAAACGAUUACAAAAUGCUCAUGCUGCUUUGAA